UCGGAGGAGUAGGGGGAAGUUUUGUACAAAACUACGUCUCGGGGAUUUUCUAUUUGACUUUCCAACAGAUGCACCAGUCAUUUGAAGACCUUCAUUCUCGUAAAUCUGACAACAAUUUGUAAAAGAAAGUUGUGUGGGGGACUUGAGAUGCGUAUACAAAUACUGACUGUUCCUGUUAAAAGUCCCGCUGUGGAGAAUGAUCAAUUAUGCAUUACAUCUCAAUUCCCCCAUUCAUCUGCGGACUUAUUUCUCACCCACUGGAUAUUUACAGAUAUGCUCUUGUGUGUCUUUCUGUAAACUGAGCGCACUGCUGUUAUGGAAUACUCACUUUAGCCAGUCUUUCUGACUACAUCUAUCCUUACUGUUAAAUCAAUAGUUGGUCCAUUUAUCAGUGUCCUGAUUUAAUAAUCUCCGCAAGAUAGUCUCGAAGGUAGAGGGCUAGGGUUUUGUUUAAAUUAAUUUAAUUGAUAAAUUCACCUCAAAGAAACUAAAUUAGAAGUAAAAGCACCUUCAAUGAGUGGUCCACGUCACUGAGCACCAAUGUACAAGACCCGUUGCAGACAUUUCUAAUCUGUAAAUACACAAAGAAAACUCCCUUGAUAUUCAGUCAGCAAUAACAGAUGGAAAAAUGGUGCCGAGCCCCCCCCCCCCCCUCUUUUUUUUUUUUUUAAUUCGAUGAGAUGCAAAAGCCACCCCAUUCCCGACAGGCAUAUUCUGCUUCACCAAUGGUCACAGUUAGAUCCGCUUCCCCAUUGGCUGUUCAGACAAGGCAAGUCUCCAGCCUAUCACAAAUCGUUUGACUCUGAAAACGGAAGAAAUAUAAGGCCGGCUGCUGGCUGUCCCUUGGUUUACUUUGCAUUUCUUUUCCUGAGUGAAGGGUGUUGUGUAGAACGUGAAUCGCAAAUGUCGGGGCGAGGAAAGCAGGGAGGUAAGGUGCGGGCUAAGGCAAAGUCCCGCUCCUCGCGGGCUGGGCUACAGUUCCCGGUGGGUCGAGUGCACCGCUUACUGCGCAAAGGUAAUUAUGCUGAGCGGGUGGGCGCUGGCGCCCCGGUCUAUAUGGCCGCGGUGCUGGAGUAUCUGACCGCUGAAAUUUUGGAGCUGGCUGGCAACGCUGCUCGGGACAACAAGAAAACCAGGAUCAUCCCCCGUCACCUGCAGCUCGCCAUCCGAAACGACGAGGAGCUCAACAAGCUGUUGGGGAAAGUCACGAUCGCUCAAGGGGGUGUCCUGCCCAAUAUCCAGGCCGUGCUGCUGCCCAAGAAAACCGAGAGCCACAAGGCAAAGAGCAAGUAAAGCUGACUGAGAAAUAAACACUUCGACUUCAAAACUAACCUAAAGGCUCUUUUCAGAGCCACCCACAAAGUCAGAAAAGGGUUUGAUUAUCUCCAAAAGGUGAAAUCCUCCUCUUACAAAAAUCAGCGUAACAAAAAUCAAACAAACAAAACAAUUAACUGACAUCAGCGGGGACAGGAUUUUGCCCUCAUUUUUUCUAAGAGGACCUAGCGGUGGGUUAAAUUGGGAUGUGUAAAUUUACGUCCCGUUCACACACGCACUUAAACGUACCGGAGGGGGAGAGAAUAACUUUGGCUGAAGAUGAUGUGGGAAAUUUGAGAUUUAAUACGAUCAUUAACGAUCAUUUUUCCACGGCACAACUUGCCACAGGAAGUCAGUAUUUAGAGCUCUCAAGCUCCCAUCCAACCUUCUCUUUUACAGGUUAUUGUCAGAUGUACGAGAAUAGAGGUCUCAUGCAUCUAGGUAACUCAUUGAAGAAGUAAAAAAAAGGAGGGUUGGUACUGGGCAACCCUUGCGCGGGCUUUUCAAACUCGGGAAAGAAUUUCAUUACUACUAUGCCUUUUGCAGUACAUACAGGAAGUAGUGUGACUUGGUUUGAAAGUCUGCAGACAAAUCGCUAGUCGCUCAGAAAACCAGACCCCUUUGCCAUUUCAAGGAAAGAGACUCAUUCAUCUAAACCGAUAGGCAGAUUUUAUUUACUUAAUGUUGAGAAGGGGCUUCUGAAUUGCUUAUAUGAAAACAGAGUGCAGUAUUUAGAAGACAAUGCUGUAGGUGCAGGUGUCAACUGAAAGGCUACACUGUACAAAUUAUUUAACAAUUUGCAGAUCUUUGAAAACUAUAGAUCAAAAUAAUCAGAAGGGGUUCUGCUAAGCUGUGGCAUGUAUUUCACUUUCUCAUUUCUUAUCCUUUACUGCCAUCUGAUGGACAUUCUUUUUUAAGUUGCUGAACUUGAAAAUGAUAUAAAAACCUGUUUUACUGUUCAAUAUUUACUAAUAACAGCCAAGAAAUAAAGACCACCAUACAACAAAACAGCAGGAAUAAUAAAUAUAUAUUUAAUCAUAAAUACUUAAAUGCCCUAUUGUUCACCUCUGUCAGUUUCACAAUAGGCUUAUUUUAAUUUCUAUUGGAAUACUACUUGAUUUUCCCCAUGGAGAAAGGACUGGAACUUUUCAGUAGAAACUCAGUUAUACAAAGUACAUUUGCUAUAUCUGAGGUCUAAUUAUUGGGAAACUUUUUAAUAAAUAUUUUCCAGUAUUAGUUGUUCAUAUAAUCCCCACCCCCCCUUUUACCUUGAGGUGAUCCCUAGGUAUCUUAGUCAGGUGCAGGCCCUAUAAUGCUAGGUUCUGAACAAACAGAUAGCAAGUGGCAGACCAGAUUUUAAACAUGUUUGAAAUAUAGUC